UGCCCGGCGCCCUUCCCCCGCCGCCCGCCCUUCCUCACCGGGCAUCCGUGCCGGAUCCCGGGAGAGGCGGGCCAGGCUGGGCGGCGAGAGCGGAGCCUGACACCGUCUCUUCGGUGCCUGCAGCGGCCGGGGCCAUGGGCACGCCGGCCUCGGUGGUGAGCGACCCUCCGGGGCGGGCGGCGCCAGCCGCCCGCAGUCGUAAGUGGGCCUCGGCCAACAUCUUCCAGGGCGUAGGGCUGCUGGAGCUGCGGAGCCUGUUCCGAAGCGGCGGGGCCGAGCGGCCCGAGGAGCGUGCCCGCCUCGUCUGGCGGUACGCGGGCCAGCGGCGCAUGGUGCGAGCCCUGCGGCGGCUCCGGCGGCGGCGAACGGCCCGGCCCGGCGGCGGGAUGGCGGCGCUGCGGCGCUUCGGCCACCUGCGGAUCGCGGAGGAGCUCGAGAGCGACUGCGGGGCCGAGACAGGCUCGGGCUCCGUGUAGCAGCGCUGAGCGGCCGGGGCCGCGGAAGGGGGCUGCUGGAGAGCUGAUGUCGGCUCUGCCGGGCUCUCCGAGGACACUAAGUGUAUUGGGCAGGGUGCAAUGAAUGGUUAAUAAAGGGUGGAUA